CAUAGCAUCGAAACCUCAGCAUCCAAAGACCUAUUCUAAAUAUCUUACAUUCGAUUCUAGUGAAAACGAGUAAAGUGAACAUGAAGUAUUCCGUCUCUAUCGUGAUGAUGGCAGUUAUAUGCCACAACCUGGGCAACGUCCAUGCUGUCGACAACCCUAGGGUCCCUCGGAGUUACGGGGCUCCACAGCUGCCGCCGUCCCAUCUUUUCGCGCUGCCGAGCUUCGCAGCGGCGCUCGCGCGGGACUCGGCCGCGUCUCUGGUGGCCAACAAGCAGGCGGCCGCCGCUAACUCGGCCGCGCAGGUCGCGUUGGCAACCCAAGCCCACAAGCAGGUGAAGAUCGCGGCAGUGAACAAGGCUGCGCAAGAAGCCCAGGACCGCGCUGUUGCCGAAGCCUCGUUGGCAGCUGAAGCGGCCAAAGCAGCCCACGCGGCCGAGAAAGCCUACACCAAAGCGGUCGAGAUGGCCAAGAAUCUGUCCAAGCUAGCUGCGGACUCACAAGCUGGCGUGACGGAUGCAUGGCAGGCUAUGCAGACCACCAAGAAUGUCGCGAGUGGACAAGAAGCGAUGGCUUUCAAGGCCCAGCAAGCAGCCAACUCUCUGGCCAGACAGCAGGCCAGGACCCUGAGUGAGCUAGACUCUGCCCAGGACGCGGUGGUGCUUGCGAAGCUCGCAGCCAGCAAGGCAGCUGCGGCCGCUGGUACCAUUUACUGAGGGCCAUUUUAAAUUUACCCUAGGGAUACAUGGUUGGGUGGAAAAAUUAGUACUACUGAAAAAUCAUUGGCAAUACUUCUUUUUAUGUUCAUUUCCAAACGAUGGUGAAGCGUCUACUAGCUCCUGGAAUGCUGUCUAGACCAAAUUUGCUCAGUGCCAACAUGCUACUUUAUGAGAAACUAUUCCCCCUGAUUUCAGUUAAUGCAAAUAGAAUUAACAAAAAAAGUUACAUUUUCAGUCUUGUGAACCUUCUAACUUCAGCUAGUUAUUUUAAGGAACGCGUUGAUAAUAAACAUUGCAAUCGAAACCAAGGGAAAUAGUGACCUAAGAACUAUUUUUAGACUACUUAGGAAAAACAAAUAGGUUUCUUUAAGAACGAUUUAUUUUAUAUAGUCUUUCGUUAUAGACAGUUAUCAAAAUCAGCUAUAAAAUUUUCGCAUGUACUUCACAUUCUUCGAGUGUCACGAACUUCAAAGUCAAUUCUCGCGAAAUGAUAUUUGUGUUACCUAUCUAUAAUGAUUAUCUGCAUUAAAGGUCGAUAUUGAAAUACUAAAUGCACUUUAUAAUUAAGUGAAACUCUGCAGAAAAUUGUAUUAUGUUCCUUUUAUUGAGUUCAAAUCAUCUGGUACCAAUGAGGUAUUUUCUAUUUCAUCACUGCUCGUUCUGACAAUAACUAUGAUUUAUCAACAUGAUCUUGAAGUAAUUAUAUAAUGUUCCGUUUUGAAAUAAAAUGUUUGGAUUAUA